GGUGGAGCUUGGCUUAAAGUUCAAAUGCUCCUGUACCCUGCCCUGCAGUAUCUCCAACCAGGGGAAUUUGAUAAGGUAGUUGAAGGGUAAUAUUACCUUUGCUCUCUCACUGCAAUCGAAAGCAGCCUCAGCUUUUAGGUGGACCCCACCAGCUAUCUUGGUGAGGUGUUUUCAAGAGCAUAGAAUCAUCCUUUAUACUAUCAAAAGAAGAUGCUGUUUAAUUUGAGGAUCCUGUUGAACAAUGCAGCUCUUAGAAAUGGUCCCAGUUUGGUGGUUCGAAAUUUUCGAUGUGGACAACCACUACAAAACAAAGUACAGCUGAAGGGUCGUGACCUCCUCACUCUAAAGAACUUUACAGGAGAAGAAAUUAAGUAUAUGCUAUGGCUAUCAGCAGAUCUGAAAUUUAGGAUAAAACAGAAAGGAGAGUAUUUGCCUUUAUUGCAAGGGAAGUCCUUAGGCAUGAUUUUUGAAAAAAGAAGUACACGAACAAGAUUGUCCACAGAAACAGGCUUUGCACUUCUGGGAGGACACCCUUGUUUUCUUACCACAGAAGAUAUUCAUUUGGGUGUGAACGAAAGUCUCACAGACACAGCCCGUGUGUUGUCUAGCAUGACAGAUGCAGUGUUGGCUCGAGUGUAUAAACAAUCAGAUCUGGACAUCUUGGCUAAAGAAGCAUCCAUCCCAAUCAUCAACGGGCUAUCAGAUUUGUACCAUCCAAUCCAGAUCCUGGCUGAUUACCUCACGCUCCAGGAACACUAUGGCUCUCUGACAGGCCUUACCCUCAGCUGGAUUGGGGAUGGGAACAACAUCCUGCAUUCCAUCAUGAUGAGUGCAGCAAAAUUCGGAAUGCACCUUCAGGUGGCUACUCCAAAGGGUUAUGAGCCAGAUCCUAGUAUAACCAAGUUGGCAGAGCAGUAUGCCAAGGAGAAUGAUACCCAGCUGUCGCUGACGAAUGAUCCAUUGGAAGCGGCUCGUGGAGGCAAUGUAUUAAUUACAGACACUUGGAUAAGCAUGGGACAAGAAGAGGAGAAGAAAAGGCGGCUCCAGGAUUUCCAAGGUUACCAGGUUACAAUGAAGACUGCUAAAGUUGCUGCCUCUGACUGGACAUUUUUACACUGCUUGCCCAGAAAGCCAGAAGAAGUGGACGAUGAAGUAUUUUAUUCUCCACGAUCACUAGUAUUCCCAGAGGCUGAAAACAGAAAGUGGACAAUCAUGGCUGUCAUGGUAUCCCUGCUGACAGAUUACUCACCUCAGCUCCAGAAGCCAAAAUUUUGAUCCCAUGAUGCUUGUUAAGAAGAAACGAUGUUCUUCAGUAACAAAAUGAGUCAGUUUGUGAGGAAAGGAGAAGAAAAUCUAAGAAAUAAAUUCCAAUACAUGGUAUAGAUGAACAAUAUGAUAUUGCUUUGCCGUCGUGAAACCUUCCUGAAGCCCUUAAUUUAAGUGCUGAUGCACUGUAAUACAUGGCUUGACUUGGUUUAAACUCUCUAAUUCAUAAUUUCAGAGUUACAUUUGGGUAUCAUAUUAAUAAUCACAUACAUUUGCUUCAACUAAACAUAAAAUACUGUGUUCAUAAUGCAUAAUGUCUAAGCCAUUAAAUGUAAUCUAUGCUUAUUACCUUAAUAAAUUAUCACCCACACUAAUUUAUAAGUAAACAUUUACCAGGGAGUCAGCUGCUGGUAGAUCUGUGGGCUGUGUUCAUAUCCCCCAGGACCAACAAGAAAGCCAAAUGAUCCAUCUUGCUGAUGUAGUACGAUUUUCAGGCAAAUGAGGUAGACAGACAUUCACUUAUGGAGGCAAAUGAUGAAAUUCUUAGAAAAUAGCUCUGUGCCCAAACUCUAGAGUUUCUUUCAGUCAUUUGUGGGAAGGGGGGGGUCAUUCAAGAGCACACAUCUCUUCUCUGUAAUGAAUACUUAACGUUAUAAGCCUAAAGAAGCCUUUGUGAACAAGUGGUAAAACCACAGAUACCUAGCUAGGAAUGUAAGAUCCGUAGAGAGUGACAUUUUCGUAGGUUCAAAUACUCCAGCAGGAGCAACUGAAUUUUUUCAUGUUUGUACUUAUCAUGCAUCUACUUAUACCACACACUGGAUAUUUCCAUAAAUCCACUACAUGCCACAUUUUAGCCCAUCUUUUUCCUCCAACUUUUCUUCAGAAUAAUAAAAAUUUGCAUUACUAGAUUAUUAUAAUGUAAUGAAAGCUAGAUGUCUCUUAUGGGUGACCAAAAUUUGUAUUGUUGAAUUAUUAUGCUAUAAUUUGAAAUUUUUUAGUUAAAAUGUUAAAUAA